CGAGUCAUCUCAUCGAGCGACCGUCCCCGUAGACGUGCGAGACAGGCAGUGCCGGCAGCAUGCCUGGAGUGCCGCAAAAGAAAAGUAAAGGUAAUAUGACCAUGUUGAGCUUUUGAAAUGAAGCAGAGAGCUUUCCGUUUUCGCCUGUUGACGAAACUGGCUUUCGUCACGGCGUUACGGCACUGGGCAAAUAGCAAUGGCCUUCGGCAUCACCCUCCGUGCAAGUGGGGCGAGGUGGUUAGAAGGGUAUGAACCAUGUAGCGGAACCCGGCCCGCUUGCCAUCGUUGUUCAACCGGUGGGUUCGAGUGCGAAUGGGACACGGAGCCCGAAACGACGCGCCGCCAGGCUCUUCUCAACCGGGCAGAAGACCUCGAGAAGGAGAAUGAGGACCUCCACGAGCUGAUCCGCUAUCUGUAUUCACGGCCCGAGUCAGAGGCGCUCGAGAUCUUCCACCGGCUGCGAGCAACAGGCGAUGCGUUCCACGUUUUGGACCUAGUCCGGAUGGGCGAUGUGCUUCUGAACAACCUACCAAACGAAAAGCUAGACUCGGACCAAAUGGGAAACACGAGACAAUCCAGUACGGGGUCCUCGAAACCAGGCUCAAGCCGGGACAACGCGAAGGAGGACCCCGACGAACUCGAGGAUUGACUCGAAAAAACUGGAAACGAAACGCUUCCGGCACGACCAAAUGCUUGUACAAAGGCACAUUGUCUUAUACACCGAUUGAAACCAUCCAUCAAAAUAGCAUCUGGAGAAGUGACUUCAGAUUAACGAUCAAUCAAUCUCCGUACUCCAGAUAAUA